GCCAGAGCGGCGAUCGAAGGAGCCUCCUGCGCUUCGGUGCUUCCGGCUGCCCGCCCCAUGGAGCGCGCCCCGCUUGGCCCCUAGCGCGACUGGAGCCCAGCGGGGAUGGCGUCUCCCGGAGAUAUGGAGUCCGCGCCCUCCAGGGUGCCGGCCACCAAGGUGGAACUCACCGUCUCCUGCAGGAACCUGUUGGACAUGGAUACUUUCUCCAAGUCUGAUCCUGUUGUGAUUCUUUACAUCCAAGGAACAGCGGACAAGGAAUGGCGAGAGUUUGGCCGCACAGAGGUGAUCGACAACACGCUGAACCCAGAGUUUGUCCGGAAAUUUGUGCUUGACUAUUACUUUGAGGAGAAGCAGAACCUGCGUUUUGAUGUCUACAACGUGGACUCCAAGACUUGCAACCUUCCCAAAAGUAAGGGCUUCCUAGGACAGGCCUACAUUGCCCUGGGUGAGGUCAUCGGCUCCCCAAGGGGUCGCCUGGAGCGGUCCCUCACGUGAGUCAUCAUCAUCGUUUAUGCUUUUAAUUAUUUCAUA